AUGACGGACGCAAAUCGUUAUAGGGAAGCAGAUCCAAGCACACACCUGUCACAGAAAUCAGAAUCCAGCAGCAUUUCUACUGUGAAUCCUGAAAUACACGUAGAACAAGAAGACGUUAGGUCUUCCGAAAUGGAACAACAACAUAACUAUACAUCUAUGGAUCCAAAGAAUAUGGAAGCACGCGUGCAAAUUCCCUUGAGUCCUUCUCUUAAUGGGCAAUCGGAACAGCAACAAACGUCCGUUUCUUUAGAUGAUCCUAUUCAAUUCACCAGGGUCUCAUCCUCGUCUGUAUUGACUAACUCUUCCUCUAAUGACAGUACGUCUGAACUACCAAGUACAUCUAUGAAUGGUAGAAAGGAAGUAUUAGGUGUCGUUAGUCCAACUACCGCUAACAGCACACCCAAAACCAUUUCCAAUAUCAACGGAUCGAGCAACAUCACUCCCACGUAUCAGGAUUCACAAGAACUUUCUACGAUAGGUGAUAAUACAAACUCAACAAUUCGAAUCUCCAGUUCGGAUAAGAAUAUCAAUAGCACUUUAAACGAUACAUUCACCACAACUGAUAGUACUUACGAUUUAACUGAGAUGCAGCAGCCCGGUUCAAUGGUUUCCACUACCUCUGAAUCUAAAUAUGGUAUCAGGUCGAGCACACCCGUCACUUCAAAUUCCGUAGGGUUACCAAAACAUAUACCAAAAUUCAAUACCACAACAAAGAUAUCUACAAUCCCCAAUAUGAAAACGGCUAGACCCGUUAUCAAGCCAUCUGGAUCCUCGAACAAUAGUUCAAAGGCCCAACUUUCCUCCUCCAUUGCAUCAUCCUCCAAGACUUCUUCGACGACAUCAUUCCAAAGUUAUGAUGGGAAAACCAAAGGUAGUAGUAAUAGUAGUCUUAUGAAAGGUGUAUUUUCCUCGUUUGUACAAAAUAUUAAGAGGACAUCACAGGGAGAAAAGAGGAAAUCUAACAGCAGCUCGGUGAAGAUAUCAACUCCAUAUAACGCAAAACAUAUACAUCAUGUAGGGAUAGACUCAAAAACAGGUGAAUAUACCGGUCUUCCCGAAGAAUGGGAAAAACUAUUAACUUCGAGUGGUAUCUCGAAAAAGGAACAACAACAAAAUAUGCAAACUGUGAUGGAUAUCGUCAGAUUUUAUCAAGACGUUUCAGAAUCUACUGGGGAGGAUAAGGUUUUCAAGACUUUUAAUAUUGAGGGUUCGGAUAAAACAAAGAGUAGUUCUUCACCAUCCUUGAGAUCGAAUUCAAAUUCAACUGUUAAUAAAUCGGAAAAUAUUGUCACCCCAACCUUAGGCUAUGAUUCUCCUAGGCAGGGAUUUAGUGCAUUUGAAACACCUUCACGUACAUCAAACCUAUCAUCACCAAAGAGAGAUGUAUCAACCGCUUCCACCACAGGCUCAAUGUCCAGUCAAAGUGCCAAUGUUGCCAAUGGUAAAUUUAUCCCAAGUAGGCCAGCUCCAAGGCCUCCUGGAAAGCAAGGUUCACAAGGUUCGCCAUUUAUCACACAAUCGAGCUCAGUAUCGACUACACCUAUUGGUACCCCAAUUAGUGGUCGUCAUUCAACUUCUCGAACACCAUCUCGUCAAACCACGUUGAAGAAGGAAGAACAACCCUUGCCUCCGCUCCCUCAGAAGCAGCAAAAUGAACCUCAUAUCCCACCAAUUCCAAGAACGGAUGCAAGAAUGACUAACAAUAAUAAUAUAUCAAGAGAAGCUUCUAGGAAAAAUAGUGAGAAAAAGAGACUAGAGAGAGAGCAUCGUAAGAAACAAUUGUAUGCAAAACUAAAAGAGAUUUGUUCAGAGGGUGAUCCAAGUAAGAUAUAUACCAAUCUGGUCAAGAUUGGUCAAGGUGCCUCUGGUGGUGUCUAUAUUGCCAACGAGAUCGGUAGUAAUGAAUCAGUUGCUAUCAAACAAAUGAAUUUAGAGAAACAGCCGAAGAAAGAAUUGAUUAUAAAUGAAAUCUUGGUCAUGAAAGGUAGUAGACAUCCAAAUAUUGUUAAUUUUAUUGAUUCAUAUCUUCUAGAUGGCGAUCUUUGGGUUAUUAUGGAAUACAUGGAAGGUGGUUCAUUAACGGAUGUUGUAACUCAUUGUAUAUUAACCGAGGGGCAAAUAGGGGCAGUUUGUAGAGAGACAUUAUCCGGUCUUCAAUUUCUACAUUCGAAAGGUGUCCUACAUAGAGAUAUUAAAUCAGAUAACAUUUUAUUGUCUAUAUCUGGAGAUAUUAAGUUGACGGAUUUUGGUUUCUGUGCUCAAAUAAACGAAAUUAAUUUAAAGAGGACGACAAUGGUAGGGACGCCGUAUUGGAUGGCUCCAGAAGUUGUAUCAAGAAAAGAAUACGGCCCUAAAGUGGAUAUAUGGUCUUUAGGUAUUAUGAUAAUAGAGAUGAUUGAAGGUGAACCACCGUAUUUGAAUGAAACUCCAUUAAGAGCACUAUAUCUUAUCGCUACUAAUGGUACCCCCGAGUUGAAGGAGCCUGAGAACUUGAGUGCUGUCCUAAGAAAUUUCCUUGAUUGGUGUCUGAAGGUUGAUCCGGAGCAAAGAGCAUCUGCCACAGACCUCUUAAAUGACGUUUUCAUAACAGAACAUGCUGAUAAGAAUGAGUCAUUGGCACCACUGGUUAAGCUAGCCCGUAUGAAAAAACUAGAUGAGAACAAGGAUGAUGAUGACUUUUAA